UCUCUUCUGCUACCAUGUACUACAGACGUCAUAAUAACUCUAGCAAUAGUAACGCUACCCAUCGCCCUUGAGUCGCCAGCUUACAUCUUCCACCUCUGUCUAUAAUCUACAUCCUCUUACCCUACUUAUCCCUUCGACGAUGGCAUCAGAAAAGAAGAUCGUCCUAGUCACCGGAGCCAACACCGGACUGGGCUACGAGAUCGUCAAGGCGCUGUACGAGUCGCCCGUCGCCUACGAGAUCGUCCUGGGGUGCCGCACGCCGUCCAAUGGCGAAGCCGCCAUCGCCAGCCUGCAAUCCACGCUGCCGUCCUCCGCCUCGACGCUCAGCGUCGUGCAGGUGGAUCUGGAGUCGGACGCGUCUCUCGAAGCGGCGGCGGCAGCGCUGGCGGCACGCACCGGCGGGCGGCUGGACGUGCUGGUGAACAACGCGGGGGGCACGGCGGGGGCGGGGCCGGCGACGCCGCGGGCGGUGCUGAACCGGACGUGGGACGUGAACGUGGCGGGGCCGCACGCGCUGACGACGCAACUGGCGCCGCUGCUGGUGGCUGCGCCGGACCCGCGCCUGCUCUUCGUCACGAGCGGCACCAGCGCGCUGGCCGAGACCGUGCGCGCCGACACGCCGCCCCUCGCGCGCAUCAACGCGAGCCCCGCCGCCGGCUGGCCCAAGGCGGCCGCAGGCGGGCUCGGAGACGCCGACGCCGACGCCCUCGCCGCCUACCGCGCCGCCAAGACCGGGCUUAACAUGGUUAUGCGCGACUGGGCCCGCGUGCUGCGCGCCGACGGCGUCAAGGUCUGGGCCGUGUCCCCCGGCUUCCUGGCGACGGGCCUCGGAGGCGUCGGCGCUGAUAAGCUGAAGGCUAUCGGUGCCCUGGACCCGGCGAUAGGCGGCCGCUUCGUGCGCGACGUUAUCGAGGGCAAGCGGGACCAGGAUGCCGGGCUGGUCAUCCGCGCGGAUUCUGUGCAGCCCUGGUAGGGAGGGUAAGAGAAGGAUGAUGGAUGGCUAUGGUACUCGAGUGGUUGUAGAAGAGUAGUUGUAGUAAAUUAGGUGGUUACGGUAGAGGAUUAUACUGGUACUCCUGAUAUUCUACAUCGGUAAACAGAAAUGUAUAUUCUUUCAUGUACCUGUAGUCAUAAUCCUUAUACUUACCCUUGGGGUACCGCUAGAA